CCUGCAGUCGACGUCGAAGCGGAGGCGCGCGAGCGUCGAUGCCCGCGCCGAUCAGUUCGCGCGGGACGCUCGACGAGCGAGGAUCGUGUUCUCGGCUUGCCUUGCUCUCGAAGUCUCUCAGGUGCGUCGGUGGUUAACGGCGUGGGAGGGAGAGGAAGAGAGCUAUAGUUUCCGCACGCAAUUCCGCUGGGCCGACGUCGCCGUAGAAGAGGAGAGAAAAAACGGCGGCGAUCAUAGAAAAGCAUUUCUCGCGAGACGACUCCGGGAGUAUUGGAGUACAGAUGGUGAGAGGAUCGUUACCUGAUAUCGCAGUGACGAUGGCAUCGGGCAGGGAAAUCCACGGUGCUUUCAGCCUCAUCGUGGACGACGUGGACUCGCACUCGAUCCUCAGCGACGGCUCCGACCUGGACGGGCUGUCGCGCGAGAGCAGCUCGCAGAACUCGGCGUCGCAGACGCCGCUGGACAGCCCAGGCGGGCCGCGGGAGAGGAUCAAGCAGAUUCAAGUGGAAGCCGAGACCAGGCGAGGCGAGUUCGCCAGGCUGCUGGAAGAGCACGCGCAGGUAGUGCGCAAGCUGAAGAUGAUGGAGGCGGAGGAGCAGCUAUCGGCGACGACGACGACGACGACGACGGCGACCGGGAACGCGACGGUGAUUGGCGGCGCGCACGCGUGAUUUUACGACUUUAUCACCGACGCCGGGACGAGGGUGACACCGAGGGUCGGGACCGACGGGACCACCGCGUCGACGACCGCCGUACGACCGACCACCACCGCCUCACCGCGUUUCCCCCUCGUCCACCUCGACCGCGAAACCCCAUCCGGACGGGCCAUCGUCGUCCGUCGCGAUUCGCAAACGAGACGCGGAUAACGCGCGGACAUCGCUGGACGUUCGGACUGUUAACUCUUGGAUGCGCCCCAAAAUAUACUCAGAUACACAAGGAAUAAACGUUUGUGGGGAAGUAAUAGGUGCAUCCGAGCGUUAAUUGCAGGGGAAAGAAGAUAUGGACUCGAGAGGACUUCUCUUGCUAUCUUUCUUCUUCUUUUCUCUUUUUUGUAUUACGUAGUCUCCGCGCUUUUUCAUUUCCGCUUCGAAUUAACUCGAUUAAGCCGCUUUAGUUUAAUUGAAAUAAAGACUGAAACCAAAUUGGAGAUAAUCUUGAAUGAUGUACGAGGAAUUUUUGAAAGUUUGAAUUUCAUAUUGUUUGGCAAUUGAAAAAAAAAAAAAGAUCAUUAAUCUUACAUGUUUAUGGAAAUUCAAAUAAAUUAAAAAUCUAAUAUAUAAAGCUUAUUUUACAAGAUUUUUACAUGUAUAAUAAACGCGCAUUUAUUAUUGCGAUAUGUAUUGUUAUAUUAUAAGUAUGUAACUUCUCGUAAUUUUAUUUGCGAUCGAACGAAGUAUAUAUCUGUACCGUUUGAAAAAUUCGAGACGCGCCAUAUCGAGCGCAUUAAUACCACCAACGUAAUACGUAACACAUGUAAAUUCCAAGCGAAGCCUUUUCGUACCGACUGUACGUCAUCCAAUUUCGCGAGAUCGAAUUAAAGCAAGCCCGAUUGGCAGAAUCGACAUUCGCGAAGGUUAACCGUAAUCAGUCUCCCGCGACAGGGAUCGUCCUUAUUUUAACCCUUGUUUGCAACAAAGUCUGAAUAAAAAAAAAACCUACUAGACACGACAAUAAUGAGGAACACUUUUAUGGGGAACGUGCGCGAAAGCCGCGGUUGCGUAUUGUUCACAACGCGUGGAACAGGGAAACUCCCGCCCGUUCGAACUAGCUCAGCAGCAACGGCUGGCCUAAGCGUAGUACAAAUUUUGCAGUGAAGUCUUAAUAAAAGAAAUAAAAAAUGAAAAAAGAGAUUGCGAGUGGGCCGAGAGAAAGAGAGAGAGAGAGUUUCUGACGUAAUCACGGGAUCCGACAACGGCGGCGAGAGACAAUCGCGCCGUCGUUUCGCGGAGGAAACGCAGGUGCUGGAGUGGAUAUGGUGUCGUACACGAACACACGUAGCCUAUACUCUCGAGACACAACGGGGUGUACAAGCUUCUACGUUUUAUAUAGUGUUGUAGAGUUGAGUGUUCCAUAUAAGUGUAAGCUAGUUUUGUAAUAUCGUAAAUAUACGUGUACGAUAAAAGGCGCGAUCUGCCGGGUCUGACGGAGGACGCGGCUCUUUUGUAAAUAGGUUUCUUUCCAUUACACAUGCAUAACGAGGCCCGAUCGCACCGAUCGAUUGUCAUCAAUUAAUCCUGAUUAGCGACUUUCUGUAUCUCUUUCUGUGUCGUAGUAGUCCCGGCCACGGUUACGUGAGCGGAAUUACGAAACUAAUGUUGUAACUUAAAUGUGUAAAAGUCACGAUAUCUUCAUUCUUGAAUGAUAUUCAGUUAACAAAAUUUUUCGUUUCAAUGGCAAUAGUUAAUGUUGCUGACAGAAAUAUUAACAACAUCGACGUUGAACUAAUAAAAAAAUUAUUUGUAAAAAAUAUGUAUGAAUUUAACACUGACGCGCCAAUUUUUAUUUUAUAAUUAAAUUAAAAUAAUUAAAAAAUAAUUAUAAUUAAAUUGCAAUUAAACCUAUAAGAAGAAAGGGACAUAAAACGUUAGCUCGAGAUUAACUAAUGACGAUUAUUUAUCGGCGCGAUCGGGUUUCGAUAGUUCACGAAGCUCGAGAGGAAUCGCUGGAACCAAAGGAAAAGACGCUACUUAAUUUCGUCAUUUUACUCUUAACAUUAGGGAGUUAGUAUAAAAUAUGAGCUGAUAAAUCUCGACGACACUUUACUAAUUUUCUACAUGUGCUGCGCCAGACCCGCCUCCAGAUGACAUAGGUAUUAUUAGGCAUUUAUAGACUUAUAUACAUACUUAAAGAGACACAUAAGUAGACCUGUGUUAAAUAAUAUAGCUCUAGUGUAAAGAUGUGUCUAUUAUUGCACAUUGUGCCAGCCCACGCCAGUCAAGCAAUCAGGACAUCUUUUCCUCGUUUAAUUCGUCAGACGUCAUAAGAUAAAUCGUCAAUUCGAACUGAAUUGCCAAUCGUUCUCUCGUAUACCAAGUUAGAUGACGAUUACUCACAUUGCGUUUUUUCAAGUACGAUUAUAUAUUAGAAAGAUAAGCAAAUAAAUCUUCAUGAAACUUCAAAUUUUCGUGAUGUUGUUUGAAAAGAUAGAAAAACAUGCUAUUUAUAGGAAUUAGAUAAUAUAUGUGAAUAAUUUAUUUCUUUAGUAACUCUAGAUUCUUGAAAACAGACGCGACAAAAGAGCUUCAAAAAAGAUAUCUUGAUCGCUGUAUCCUCGGCUGGCGCAUUGUGGAAAUGAAGAAGACAGUCCUAAAGAAUACGUAAGGAAUAGACAGGAAUGAUUUUAGCUGCUCAGAAACGUAAGAUGCUUUAAAGGAAAUUUCGCGACUGAAAGUGAUACUGCGAGGCAAUAAUUUCUCCAACAUACUCGGGAAGACUGCGGAAUAGCGCGAGGAACGAAUGCGAAACGAAAAAUCUGCAUUAUUUUUGCUGCGAGAUUCCUACAGACGUUACUAUUAUGUUUAAGAAAAACUACAGAUACGUAAUAAACCUACAAUUAUCACCAUAUACGUAGUUUUUACUUAUACUAUUAUUCGUACGACUGCAUGUUAUAGAGACGGCUGUAUAUGAUAUAUACGUACAUUUAUCAAGUUUGUAACGAAACGCUGAGAAAAGACGCUAUUCUGAUUUACGCGCGAGUAAAUAUUGCGAGCGAGAAAAACGUGGCUCGGUGUAGCGAGUAUAUAUUUUAUCGGUUUUGCUUUCUACCGCUGCAAUGAAAGACGGCCGCUUUUUGAGAUCCAAGAAAAAAAAAUGCGAUGUAAUAUUAUAUCACGCCGAGUUAAUGUUAACGUAAUCGAGAUUUAUAUGUAAAUUUUUGAUGUAAUAUCGUAACGUGUGAGAUACGACGACACGCUGUUGAGUUUUAUUAAGAGAAACCGCUGCUUGACUAAUUAUUUAUAUAGCCUCAUGUAUGCGAAAUAAUAAUGUAUGUAAAAUGAUGGUUGCUACUGGAAAAAAUAUACAUAUAUUUUAUUGAGU